ACAGAGAGAUGUUGGGAGGGACUGCAGUGCAGUGCGAAAUCUGCAGCAGCAGGAUAAGAGAGAGCGGAAGCUUAUGAAUGACUGUCAGUCUUCUUAGUUGUGUCGCUCCUGUGGACAUUUUACAUGAAUGGUUUUUGGCUUCAUGUAGAAAGACUGCUGAUCUAGACUGCUGUUUUACUGAUGCCUUGCCUUGCUGUUUGGAUGAGCCUGUCUUCUUGUGUUUCUGUUCUGCGCUGAGUCAGUGUUAUCUGUUUAACUUGAAAACGUGUUUUUAUUCUGUUUAUGAAUUAUUCACUGGGAUAAUUCAGGACAGGCAGGUUGUUAUCAGAGAGGUGAAGUAUCAUUCUACUGAUCCUUUGUCUCAGAAUGUAAAUAGAAUAGUGAUAAUGCAAAUUCAACAGAGGAAGGAAAAUAUCUAUUCUACGUUGUUCAAUAUUUUUUGAAUGAUAGAUUAUCAUGAAGUGUACUGAUGCGUUUAAAUACAUAGAUGUGUUAUCUAGAUGUAUUUUAAUAUAAGAUUAGGGUCUAUUUUUUGCAUUUGUUUAAAAUAUUUGUGUUUAAUCUCAUGCAUGUGUCAUCCUCAUGGUAUAAUAUAAUAUUUACCUUUAUGAUGUUAUAGAAGAUAUGUAUUGAUGUCCUUGUCCGUGUCAUUGCAAAUAAAAUGCACGUUGCAAUGAGAACAGUAUGUUAAUGUAACAGUCAACUUGUACAUUUUGUUGCAAAUACAGAUACUAGGAAGAUUGUCCUCUUCUUCUGAAGUACUGUGGACAUGGAAUAGAUUAAUUGCCAGCUGCAUGCCCAUCACUCACAUCAAUGUUAUUUUUCCUUGUUUCCUAUUUAUUUUUCAGCGCCUGUCAUCAGUAGGCUAUAUUCAGCAUCGAUUACUUAGAUUUUCCCCUUCACAGGAACAUAAUCCCAGUCUGUAGAGGAGUAUGUUCUAACCAGAUAAUGUGUGCUGGGAGUAUGAAGGGAGACAAGUUGAUAAUCAUUCAUUAUCUUUUAUCAUCAGGAUAUAUUUUUGUCCUUGCGAUUCUCUUUCCCUUUUUCCCACAACCGACCGUACCACAGAAUAAAAUGGAAAAGCAUUCCUGCGGUGAAGAGGAAAUAUCCGUCUGGGAAAUUUGAGAAUUGAUUGGUUCUAGUGUGCUGUAAGUGGGAGGAUUUUUUUUUUGUAACAGGAAGUGAUUUUCAGUGUUCAGUGAGCCUUUUGUUGAGAAGGUCUCUGUUCAGAUCUGUGAGUCAUGCUUCUGCUUUGAGCCGGUAGGCAACAGUGAGAGGAGAGCAGCAACGCAAUAUAACUAUAUCCUCCUCUACCACGUCCAUCUCUCUCUCUCUCUGCAUUCUGGAAGCUUCUGGAACCUUUUUUUCACCUUUCCUCCAUGUUCUAUUUCCAUGGAUUGUGUUCUUCUUUUCUGUUUAUUUUCUACCAACGGAUUGGAUCAUCGCGGCGUUGGAUUUUCCUAACAGCAACCUCAGCCUCAGCAUCAAUAACAGCAGUAGCAGCAGCACUAACCCAGCUCUCUAACUUCCUCAGCAGCAGAGAAAAUUCUAGUCAACCAUCAUACAGGGCCUGCUGGGGUUACUAUAAGGCAUUUGCUAUGUUUAAGGAGAGAAGGAUAAUUUACUUGGCGGCGUUACAUCUGCCGGUGCGUUUGUAAGGCAGAGGAGGGGGCAGAGGCAGAGAAGAGGGGAAUGCUUCACCGUACCAAAUACAACAGAUUCAGGAAUGAGUCGGUGACGUCCGUCGAUGAUCUACACGGCCUCACCAUGAACCCCAAGGUCUCGGCAGCCCCUGCGUCCUCCGCCGAGCCCCCGUACACCCCUCCUGCAGCGCCAUCCGAGGGCGGCGUGAACCACCACCACCCCGCUGCCGACCCCUCAGACGAUGGAGCCACCACCCUGUGCACCCUCAUCAACAAGGUGUCCAACCUGAAGUUCACCAACUCAGGCUCCAGCCUGCUGGGUAUCAAGAGCCUCCCCUCCCACGUCAAGGACCUGACCCUCUCCAAGCUGCAAGGUGCUGGAGGCUCCGGUGGUGGAUCCAGCUGCAUUGGUAGCGGCUCUGGCCCCAGUGUGUCGUUGGCAGCCUCCGGUGGCGGUAACGGUGGUGGUGGUAACGGCUCCUCCUGUGGCUCAGCCUCCAGCAUCUCCCACCACCACCACCCUCCCUGCUCCCACUCCCACUCCUCCCAGCAAGAGCCAGGCACCAUGAGCAACGCAGGGGGAAAGAAGGGCAGCAGGUUGGGGCUGGAAGAGAGGGAGGCUGGGCAGAGACAGGGACAUGGAGGGGAGGACUGGGGACCUAGUGGAGGAGGAGGUAACAGUGGACUGGUGAAUAAACCCUGUUCCAGAGGAUGGCUGCAUUCCAGUGAGAAGAUCUCUGGACCCGGAGUGACGUACAUUGUAAAGUAUUUGGGUUGCAUUGAAGUGCUUCGGUCCAUGAAAUCACUGGAUUUCAACACGAGAUCGCAAAUAACAAGAGAGGCCAUCAGCUUGGUGUGUGAGGCAGUCCCGGGGGCCAAAGGAGUGCUGCGGAAGAGAAAGCCUCCAUCUAAAGCCCUGUCCAGCAUAUUGGGGAAGAGUAACCUCCAGUUUGCUGGGAUGAGCAUCAAUUUGAAUAUCUCCACCAGCAGCCUCAACCUGAUGACCCCAGACUCCAAACAGAUCAUAGCCAAUCAUCAUAUGCAGUCCAUUUCCUUUGCGUCAGGAGGAGAUCCAGUGAGUGAUCCAGACACGACUCAUUAUGUUGCCUAUGUAGCAAAAGAUCCUGUCAACCGAAGAGCGUGUCAUAUUCUGGAGUGUUGUGAUGGUCUGGCCCAGGAUGUGAUCAGCACCAUCGGCCAGGCCUUUGACCUCCGUUUCCAGCAGUACCUCCAGUGUCCCUCCAGCAAGAUGACCUCUGUACACGACAGGGUUCUGAAUAUGGAGUCAGUCUGGACAGAGGAGGAGGAGGAGGAGCCUGCCGAACAUCCGUACUACAAUAAUAUCCCCGGAAAGAUGCCACCACCUGGAGGAUUCAUAGACACCCGGCUAGGCCAGAGCAUCCAGGCUGAGCAGGCCCCAGGGGCUGGGGUGGACCAGACUUACUACCAGGGUAGACACUGUGGCGAGAUCUGGGGGCCGGACAGGAGGCCUACUGGGAUACUCGUCCAACAGGGAUCAUGUGACAUCUACAGUCUGCCGGAGGGGAAGAGUACGGUACCGAAAACAGGGGAUGUGCCUACGUAUGUGAACACCCAGCAGAUCGACGCCCAGGUGCUGGCAGCCCUGCAGGCUGAACAGGACAGCAUGGCAGCAGAGGGGGCAGCGGGGACAGCAGCCAAAGACAGUCCAAGGAAAGACCUGUUCGACAUGAAGCCUUUUGAGGAUGCCAUCCUGACCCAGUCAGCGGUCCCUGCCCUUCACAAGGCUGGAUCUGUGGAUAACUCCAGCCCCUUGUUGGUGCGCUCUGCUGCCUUCAAGGCCCAGGAGGAGCUGGAAGGCCAGGCCUGGUACCACGGCGAGAUGAGCCGACGAGACGCAGAGAAACUACUGGUAGAUGACGGAGACUUCCUGGUUAGGAAGAGCACCACCAACCCUGGGUCGUACGUUCUGACGGGCAUGCACAGUGGACUGGCCAAACACCUACUGCUGGUGAAUCCUGAGGGCACGGUGCGGACAAAAGAUCACAUAUUUGACAGCAUCAGUCACCUGAUAGGCCAUCACCGUGACAACAGCUUGCCCAUAGUGUCUGCAGGAAGUGAACUUUGUCUGAAGCAGCCUGUGGGCAACAGGAAAUAGUGACAAUCCACUCAUUAAACCUGGUGGGAGAUGGGAGUUCUGAAACUUAAACCUCCAAAUCCCUCCUGAAAACCUGAAACUUGAAGAUGAAAAUAGAGAAUAUAUUAUUGUUGAAAAAAGGUUACUUAACGAUGAUGACAGUGUCUUGGAAGCGGUCUGUGGCUGAGCAAACUCCCGGGCCACAAAAAAAGAGGAUGAGAAAGAAGAAGGUUUGCUGAUAUAAAAAAUAUUUAUAGAACUGUUAUUAUUUUCUUGUGAUGAUUGAAAUGCUAUAUUUUUGAGAAGACAUAUAGGUGCAUUUGGGACAUAUAUGUUGAUUUGGUGUUUUAAAAACAAAGAAAAACAACUGUUAGUAGUUUAGAUGACGAAGCGCAAAUCGACAUCAGAGGGGAAAGAAAAUAGUAUUUUCGAAUAAAACCCUGAAUUUUAGUUUUGUCUAUCAAGCACAACCAGAUUUACACAGUCAUUGGUAAGUAGGAUUUACAUAGAGGAGAACAACUAUUUGAAAAUGCUGUUGUUUAUAUUGAAACUAUAUUGUAGGAUUAUUUGUCCUUUAUCGCAGCUAUAGCGCGACGACAUCUUCCCUUGGGGUUACUAAUGAAUCUAUCCUGGUCCCCGAACUGUUUGUGAUGUCUUGCCAACACCCGAGGGUGGGACAAUGACCAUAGCCCAUAGAAGUUGGUAAGACAGCACAAAUGGGUCUGUGACUAGGCUAAAAUGAAUCUGCUUUAUAAGAACUAAAGACGUGAAUGUGUUUUGCUUUACAGUAGUCACAGUGUGUUGGGGUCAGGGGUCGCAACCUUUGGCCCCUCAUAGUGCUGUCAACAUGGCUUUAAAGAUACAGUGUGAAUCUCAGUUGUACUCCCUUGAUUCCUUGCAUCCUCUCUCCUUGCCCCCAAAAAACCUUCCAUUAGCCUCAUGAAACCAGACUGAUCUAACUGUAAAGUCUCUCUGGAUAAGACCGUCUGCUAAAUGACUCAUGUGACUCAUGACUCAUAAAUGACAAUGUCACAUUCUGUUUCACUUCAGGAAAUGUAAGCUCAGCGGUCAAUCUGGUUUCAUGAGGCUAUGUAGAUCCGAGGGGAGGACCCUCACAUCUUUUCCUCCAAUGUGCUUUGAGAAGGAAACAAGGAGGGAGGGGCAUGAGGAAUCAAGUUAUUACUAUUGAGAUUGACCCACCGACAUUUUAUUUUAUAAUGAAGUACUUCUUGUGUCACUGCAGUCGCAUGACUUGACAAAUCUAACUGUUCCUGUGGACAUUGUUCAUAGACCUUGAACCUCCUUGGGAGUUACUUGUGUAAUGCUAACACUGUAAAAAAAGAAGAAAAAAAAAACUAUUUAUUGCUUUUCAAAAUAUUAUUUCAUAAUUGGUUUCUGGAUCCUUCUUUAAACUGGGUGUGUAGUAAGUCAACUAGUUUGGAGCUUCGAUCAUGCAAAUGAAUAUUCUUCACAUCAUUUCUAGCGUUUAUGGCUUUAUAGUGGACUUUUAAAAGUGUAUUAUUUGACAAAUUAUUAUCACAAAUGUAUAGCACAAUCAGAAGUUUAAAAGAUUAUCUGUGUUAAUUGUAUUGAGAACAAUUCACCAACGUGUUUUAACGUAAAUCACUAUACCGACGGGAGGUUUAGAAAAAUCCUCUCGAUUUCACCUAGCGCACUCCUAAUUAGAUAAUAAGGAUAUUACAUCACUUUCUCUUGUGUAACAAUAUUGAUUAUAAAUUCAUUCUCAUUUCUUAAUGUGUGGAUUUCGAUAGGUCUAUUGACAUCACAGAAUGGUCAGAAGAACUGACUGAUAGAACAUUUAAAUUGGCCAUUUACAUAUAUGCAUUUAGACUGAAUUUACAUAACUAGGAAUAGUUCAAUCAUAUUUAUCAUGUUAUAUAGCAUAUGUUACAUAUUUGUUAUAACUAUUGAAAUAACAUUGUAAUAAAAUUAAAAUAAUGAAUAUUGGAGUUGUAUGGUACAACUUAUUUAAAUUCAACCACUUGAAAUCUAUACAUUAAAUCAUUUACAAUUCAUAUUUAGAACUUUUUAAAAUAUUUGUUUUAAUAGUAAUUGCAUAGGUAAAACAGCCAUUGGGAGGAGAAGCUGAAAAUAUGUUUUAGCCUCACGUUCAUGCAUAAGUACAGAAACUAAAUAUUAUGACCAUUAACAAAAACCUGUGACACAAACAGGACACUGAUGCAUUUCACUGUUAGAUAAUGAUGUGUAUUUAGGAUUGAACCAAAACAGAACCUGUGUUUCCAGUUAAUUUGUUUGACAAGAAGACAGUUAUUUACGAUACUGUAGGCUACCUGUAUUUUUCAGCAAGAGGAAGUGUAUGUGGAUCUACUCCCACAACUGUCUUUUAAAUAAGUCUUACUCUGAUUUUUAAAGGGGUUCAUAGCAAUGUUAUGAUAUGAUAACCUCCCCAUCAAAAUAUGAUACAGUUGCUGUCUAGCCUAAAGCAGCUUCAUGUAAUUUUAGUCUAGAUUGUGUACAUUUCCAGACAGCCCACUGCUUUUGUGGCAGUUUAUGAACAGACACAAUAGAAUGGUAAUACAUUUGGUUUGGCAGAUCUGUACAGUGACUUUUU